UAUACGCCUCUCUCUCAUCAGAAAAACCGAACUCGCCAAAGAGAGCACAGCGAGAGGAAGAACAAAGCUACUCGUCAGUCGGCCGACUCUACAGAGAGAGAGAGAUGGCGGACAUGGACCUGGACGACCUAGACGGUCCGAGCCAGGUUCCGUCCCGAACCACCAGAUUCGCCCCCAAGAACUCCAAACUCAAACCCCAGCCCAAACUCAAGUUGAAGUCCGAACCACUCUCAUCACCAGACCAACAUCCCCAAGACUUCGAUUCCAUUCCUCUCAAGAAGAAGGAGGAACUCGACUCCCAUCCACCACCACCAUUUGAUUCCACCACCGCCAAGACUGAAUACGCCGACGGUGCGGUCAAAAUGGACUUCGAAGCCAAGCCAGAAUGCGGCGAAGUCAAGGACGAUCCAAUGGAAGAAGACGACGAUGGCAGAGAUAGAGUUGUUCGCGAAAUUGACGUUUUCUUCACUCCUCAAAUCGAUUCCAACACUCAGCUUUACGUUAUGCAAUAUCCACUUAGGCCGUGUUGGCGUCCAUACGAAUUGGAUGAUCGUUGUGAAGAGGUUAGGGUCAAACCUACGAGUACGGAGGUUGAGGUCGAUUUGUCAAUUGAUGUUGAUUCCAAGAAUUAUGACACUGAUGCAGAUCCCAGAGUGAGGAUGACAAAGCAGACUUUGUCGUCUUCAAUGAGGCCAACAUGUGCAACUGGCUAUGCUGUUGGGGUGCUAAUGGGCAAUAAGUUGCACAUCAAUCCCAUUCGUGCAGUUGUGCAGCUGCGACCUUCAAUGGAACAUCUCAAGUCUGGUGGCUCUAAAAAGAAGAACAGUGGUACAAGCAACGCAGAUGUUACUAUUAAGUCAGAAGAUCUGCAGGAUGAAAAAUCUGCAGGACCAUCAAAGAAACAGAACAAGCUACCAGCAACUUCAAACGAACAUAAUAAUGAUCUUGGAGAGGGUUGGGUUGCACUCAAGUACCAUCCUUCAAAGAGUGAUUUCUCUGUCAGAUAUCUGGAAAAAAUGGCAGUAGAUGAAGGCUCUCCUAUACACUUUUCAAUGAGCCCGUACGAUUAUGUUAGCUCCUUGUGUCCUGGUGCAUUUAAUGGCAACAUCAAACCCAAAGGUCCUCCCAAAAGCACUUUGUACAAUGAUCCAAUAAGACUAAUAGGCCUAAAAUCACUAAGACAAGAAGGAUUUUCAUUCCUUGGAAGCAAGGCUACAAAGGAGCUAUUAAUACCGAGGACCAACUUUGAGUUGAACAAGCUACCAGCAACUUCAAACGAACAUAAUAAUGAUCUUGGAGAGGGUUGGGUUGCACUCAAGUACCAUCCUUCAAAGAGUGAUUUCUCUGUCAGAUAUCUGGAAAAAAUGGCAGUAGAUGAAGGCUCUCCUAUACACUUUUCAAUGAGCCCGUACGAUUAUGUUAGCUCCUUGUGUCCUGGUGCAUUUAAUGGCAACAUCAAACCCAAAGGUCCUCCCAAAAGGUUUUUGCUUUCAUUGCCACUGGAAGAACGUUUUAAGACAUGGCUUCGUGAGGGCCCUCCAGCAAACCGCUUCGACACUAUCAAGCACCUAGCUCCUACUGAUUCCAUUGAAGAUGUUCUAGGAGUCCUCCAGAAACUCGCUCAUCUUGUACAAGGACUUUGGGUUCCUAAAACUGCACUCUUUGAAGGAAAUCAUGGAGUUGAAGGUCUAGCUAGAGAUUACAUUCUUCUUUUGUUUAGUAAGAAUCCUGCAAUCAGCUAUGAACAAAUAAAUGUUGCGCGUUCUCUUGGUAAAGCUAUAAAAGGUGUGUUGAAUGUUUUGGCCAUUGAGAGACCAUCCUUAAAAGACUGGAAGUUUAAAGAGCUGCCAGACACAUCGUUUAUGAAACUUCAUCCAAAUAUUGUUAAAGAGCAAGAACAAGCUUGGGGACGUGUGGAGAAAUCGAUAACUGAAAGUAUUUUUGGAAGCAGGAAGGGUCCGAUUGGUUUGAAGAAUUCUGCAAAGCCUGAUAUGGCUAAUAGGCCUGGAACAUCAAAAAAUCCUAGUAAAGUUACAGCAAGAUCUGCAAAUGGAGCAGUUUCUAGAACUCCCAUGUCAAUUGAAACUCGAGAAGCUCUACCGAAGGCUUUACAGAAGCUUUUCCAAACACACAAGGUUUGCAGCUUUCAACAGAUUUGCCAACGUUUGCGGGAAAUGGCACUUUCUGAGUCCACUCGUCCGAAGGGGGUACCUAAAGACGCAAUAGCUGCAGCUAAGGGAUUUGAUACUCCUCAAGAAGAGCUGCUGGAAAUCAUUGGUCAAGUUGCUACUAAUAUCCAUGGCGUCUACGUUUCAAAGUCAUCCUCAGACCACCCCCAAUAUGAUCCUUUGAGGAAGGUUGUCAUUGAUCUUCUUAUUGCUGAAGGACCUAAUGCAAAGCUUAAAAAGGCUUCUAUUGUUGAAGCUGCAAAGAUGCAACUUAAUAGGGAUAUUACUCCCAAUGAAUAUCAAAAGGUCUUAAAUGAACUGUGUAUAUCCCAAGGCUCUGCAUGGGUCUUAAAACGCGGUGAUGGAAAUCCCAAGUAAUAUUUGUUUUGUUUUGUUUUAUUUUGUUUUUUUUUUUUUAUCAAGGUGGAAGAACAGUUUAGAGAUAGGGAAGAGAAAGGAGAUGAGCUCAGCCAGCUCUUGUAUACGCUGUGUAUAUUUUCCACAAUCAAUUCCAAAUCACCUCAUUGAAGUAUGCCGUAGCAUAGCAUGGUUGCGUUUUGUAUUUCAUUUACCUCUAAUUUUUUGGA